CUUUUCAUAACCUAUGUCUUGCUUAUUUAUUCUUGGCAAUUAUAAAAGUCUAUUAGAUUUUAUUGGUUGUAAAUAAGUAAUUUUAAAAAUAAACGAUGUGAUAUUAAUUUUGUUUAGUCCUAAGAAUGGAAGAGCAGUCUUUAAGAGAUUCGUUAAAUACUUAUAAGAAACAGUUGGUCCAAGUUAAUUUGGCAAUAUCUACGUUUGAAGAUGGAAAAGAUAAAGAAGAUUUGUUUUCGCUUAAAAACAACUUAGAACAACUCAUUCAACUUACAAAGGAAAGUUUUCAACAACUUGAAAACUUAACUGCAUCAACAUCCUCUUCGAGUGACACUAGCACUUCCUUUGACUGCGAAUAUGCUUUAUUUAUGUCAGAAAUGGAAAAGGACGGAGUGCUACUAGAAAGUAAUGAAACAAGUAGCAGUAAAAUCUUAAAUAUUGAAGAUGAAUUAAAAGCAAUUGAGGGAAUGAAGUGUAAGGCUCCUCAUAAACAUCAAUGGGGUGAUGUUAUUUAUCACAAUGCCCUUAUUUGCUCUGUUGUAGCAUGUGAAAAUUAUUCCAGUAUGGAUGAUAUUGAAGUCAAAGUAAUGUUUAUAAAUCCCACACAUGAGGAGAUGCUGCCAUGUCCCUAUCUUUUAGAAUCAUCUUGUAAAUUUGAUGACGAGAAGUGUAAAUAUUCUCAUGGAGAAGUUGUAGCUUUUUCAUGUUUAAAGGAGUACAUUGAGCCGAAAUUUGAACUGCUAACAAAUGGGAGCAAAGUACUGGCUAAACAGAAAAAU